ACUCAAGCUGUCAGUGACUAGUGUUUAUUUAGUUUAGUUUGCGUAUACUUAUAUAUAAAAUGUCGUGUUUUGAACCUCUUACAAAUCGGUUCACAAAUGCUCUCAGGAUUGCAAGAGGGCGUGUUGGCAAUGCAUAUCAAUAUGUGCGACAACGUCUUAGAAGAAGGCGCCCCCGUGUUGGUGUAGAUCCACAAGGAACACCACCUCCAGUCCGCCCCCAGCAAGGCCGACUGUCAAAAUUCAAGGACGAGUUGUCCAACAAGAGGACACUUAAAAAAGCUGGACUGCAGACUGUGGGAAAACCACAGGAAGGAGCAUCUGGGACGGCGUGGGAGGUUGUGGAUAAAGAUGCCAGGCCAAAAACUGCUAUGCCAAAAAGACUAGCUAGACCAACCACUGCAAUGCGAAAAGAUGCAGAGGAACUGAAGAAACGGGAGGAAGCCGCUAUCGAACGCCGCAGAGAAUCAAUGGUUCAACAUGCGGCUGCAAUUAGAAAAAAGCUUGGCAAAGCUGCUGAUGUAAUUUUUUUUUUCAUGAACUAA